UAGAUGGGUUAAUGGAUGACAGAUAGAUAGAUAGAUAGAUAGAUAGAUAGAUAGAUAGAUAGAUAGAUAGAUAGAUAGAUCGUUUUUCCUCUCUGAAGCUUCAUUCUGUUGGAUAAAAUUACACAAAUCUGUUUGAUAAUAACCUUUUAAAAAGUCCAAAUAUGUUAAAUAAAAAUUAAAACGAACUUCAAGUCGACUACAACUUUAGCACCUUUAUUUCUAUCAUGUUCGUUUCUUGUCAUUGUGUAAAUAAUUCAGUUUACAGAGUCAAAAAGAAAAGAAAAGAAAAAAAACAGACUGAUGGGCAUCUUCAUCAUCUUCAUCUUCAUCAUCAUCAUGUCCCUCUCCCUCCUCCCGCAUCACUCCGCGCGCGUGACGUGUGCUCGGUCGCUGUCCCGGGAAUCACAGUGCUGAAACCGCAGCAUCAACCACACGGAGCCACUCCGACACCGUCCAGAGGAGGAGAACUCACGGCGAGCUCGGAUUACACAUCCCCGAUCAACUGAAUGAUGAAAUGAACUCGACGGUAGAUUGAAAAACUGCAGCAGAAUAACACACGCGCGUCCGCGAGAACAAACAUCACCUGCAUCGCUUUAACCUUUAGGCGCAGAUACCUGAAGCUGGACCUGGAUGAUUUCACACCGCUGAGGAACGCUUUAACACAUGUGGCAUGCUUUUACAUCGCUGGAGGAAAUACCCAUCACAAAUCCAAUGGAAUAAAUCGAUCAUAUGGCAUCUGACACCUGUUUACUGCCUUUCUGUUAUUUUCUACCCAAUUCAGGACGAGAUAUAGAUCACUGACUGAUUAUGGCACUUCAAAUAUCAUCUUUCUAACUUGCAAUCAACACAUUCAAAAAGUGCAAUGAACUCACUGUACAGGUUGCGACUGUAAGGCACCAAUUCAAUUUAAGUUCUCAGUUUAAUAGGUUGUGGAAUAUCAUGGCUUAUAUUCACUCUUCACUCGAAGGGAACCUGCAGUAGUUGAUCCCGGACAGUGUCGAUUCUUCCCGUUCCUCGGAUGCUGCGCGGUCACGGCAUGCUGAAGAGCCGCUGUUGCGUUCUCUUCAGUGACCUCAAGGUGUUUCUGCUCGGGCCACAGGCUCAUACAAGCCCCAUGAGCGGACAAACGGCCAGAAUCAGCCCUUAUGCCUCAGAUAACAACAAUACCUUACGAGCCCACCGGCUCCGGCACUGGAGUACCCCGUCCACAGAGGACGCUGCCGGGCCGGAGGCAGCCGCGGACGGAUCCGGGUGGACGGGCGCCGCGGCGGAAGAGUUCUCCAAGGACCGGAGGGACGACCGAUUCUCCUUCAUCAGCUAUGCAGAAGGAACCCCGGUGUGCAGGAUAUGCUUCCAAGGGCCGGAACAGGGCGAGCUGCUGAGCCCAUGUCGCUGCAGCGGGUCCGUUCGCAGCACUCAUCAGCCGUGUCUCAUCAAGUGGAUCAGUGAGAGAGGCUCGUGGACCUGUGAACUCUGUUACUACAAGUAUCAGGUGAUCGCCAUCAGCACCAAGAACCCGCUGCAGUGGCAAGCGAUUUCCCUCACCGUCAUAGAGAAGGUCCAGAUAGCGGCGGCCAUCUUGGGCUCCCUCUUCCUCAUCGCCAGUAUCUCGUGGCUGGUGUGGUCGUCUCUCAGCCCUUCGGCCAAAUGGCAACGGCAAGACCUGCUCUUUCAGAUCUGUUACGGGAUGUACGGCUUCAUGGACGUCGUCUGUAUCGCUCUAAUCGUCCAUGAGGGCCCGUCCGUCUUCCGCAUCUUCCAUCGCUGGCAGGCCGUCAAUCAGCAAUGGAAAGUUUUAAAUUACGACAAAAAGAGAGACAGCGAGGAGCUGAAGAACAGCGAGGAAUUGACGCGUACACUCCUCCACCAGAGGGAGACGGUGGGAGUGGACGUCUCUCCUUCACCGUCGUCACUCAUGGCUGCUGCUGGUACGCCAGCGCUCGACACGGCCGACGGCACGACAAACACCACAGCGGCCGCGCAGGACCCUACAGGCACUGACGCUCACGCUGACGGCCCGGCUUUGCCUGACCAACACUGUCCGUACAACCUUCUGAAUUUAUUGAGCCAUCUUCGGCCACAUGAGCCACGGAGCCCGCCGAGUCACAUCAGCACGAAUACCACCAAACCUAGAGAAGUGGUGAUGAGAGUUACCACCGUCUGAGGACACGCGCGUCCACUGGAGGCCUUACGAUGGGACACUUGAAACGCCUUUCAGCACAGAUAGACGAUAAGCACAGCGUUGGAACUGUCGGAUUGGAUUAUCCAUGACUUUAAUAGAUGCUGAUAAUGAACAAUAUGGGUUUUUAAUUCCAGAGAGCAGAAUUUAAAGCGACAGUUCACCCAAAAAUGGACAUUCUGUCAUUCUUUACUCACCCUCAUGACCCUCCGAAGACGCAUUCAUAGUUUUCAGUCAUGUGACUGGCGCGGAGACACCCAUAGAACCAGAUCUGUUUCAAGCCACGACUAUUUAGAUCACCUCAAAAAGAAGAUAAACAAAAAUAAGUGAACAAAAUGCAAGUUAUGGGCAGUUGUUGUGAUCAUCAUACAGCAACUGCUGCAGUAUUUAAAGUGAAAAACACUUAAAGUGCCUUAAUGUACUAAAACGAUGAUAUUAAAAGAUCAAAUUCAGUAUACAUCUUACUGAUGAUGCAUACUAGAUAAAGGUGAGCAGAUUUAGUUUCACUCAAACCAUCCUUGUUCACAUUACUUAAAAAACUCAUGUAAGUACAUGAACUUAAUUUAACCGAGUUUGUUCUACUAAAAAUGAGUUUUGUCAGCUUUGUUCAAUCAACUUAACAUUGCUGAGUGAAACGCACAAAUUAAUGUUGAACUGGGCAGUGGAUCCUUAGUUCCCAGCAUGCUUUGCAAGGGACUAGGGAAAAUAGUUCAUUUAAUAAGGUAAAUUAAGUCAACAAAACUUAAACAUUGAGUAAACUGCACAGUAACUAACAAAUUCAAAUGAUAAAUUUUGUCAGCUAUACUUGAAUUUCUUUUGUUCACACAACUAAAUUGUUAUUUGUACAAAUUACUCAAUAUAGUUGUGUGGAACCACUUGAUGCUGCUUUUUUAAGUAAAUCCAACAAUUCAUUUUUUUGAAUGCGGAAUAUGAACGCAAUGCGCUAAUUGGUAAAGCUUUUCUUUAUAAUGGUUUUCUAUUGAAAAACGGAUGAGAAACUGCGCAUUGCGUUUAUAUUCUGGAUUCAUCUGCUUGCCUGUACAAUAGUAUGCAUCAUUAAUAAGCUGUAUAUUGAUUUGAUCUUUUAAUAUCACUGUCUUACUAUAUUAGUACUUACUACAAACCUGGGCAGCAGAGAAAAGCCUUGUUUUGCCCUCCAGAUAAGUGUUAUUGCAAGGUAAGGGUGUGACGUCAUGUGAAAACUAUGAAUAAUGUCAUUUUAUUUUCUGUGGAACACAAAAGGAGAAUUAAAGAAGAAUCUUCAGGCAUACAACAACAAUUUAUUGUUCUACAGUAAAAAUAAGAGCAUAUGGGUUAUAAUCUGUGUUAUUUUAGUAUUAUUGGUAUACUACUAUAGUUUUUAUUUCAUUUUAUUUUAUUUAUAAGUAUAGUUAUAAAUAGUACACACACACACACACACACAUAUAUAUAUAUAUAUUGUCCUGCUAUAAUUUUAAAGUUUAAGUAAUUUUGUUUUUCUCAUUUUAUUUCAGUUUUGAUUUUAGUUAUUUUAUUUGGCUACUUAUGAAGUUGGCUACUAAUGAAAAUUAGAAAUGUAGUCUAUAUUUUAUUACAGUUAAUGUUUAUUUUAUUUCAAGUAAUGUACAAUCCAGUACAAUUUUUUGUAUGGUUUUAGUUUUAGUUAAUGAUAAUAACCCUGUUUGAGGGUGAGUAAAUAAUAAGAGCAUUUUUGUUUUUGGGUGGACUAUUCCUUUAUAUUUAGAUAAUAUUUACUCAGCAUUUCAAAAAUGAACAUGUGCACUAUUCAUUGAAAAAGGCUGAUGGUAGUUUUGGGAAAUUAUGAAUAUGUUUACAGUAAUGUUAUCGGCGCCGCCACAGAGACGUUAAACGGAGCGCGUGGAUCGACCCAUGACCCUUUCACUGUCCAUGAAUAAUGAGCGACAGCUGUCAAUCAUCACUUUGACAGAUGCCACUCAGGACUGCAGCUCAAUCCGUUGAAAAGCACAAGCCGUCCUUUUUUCUCUGUUCUUCUCAUGCUUGCUGGUAAUGCAUGUUUUCAUAUUCUCACAACCUUUGUAAGGAUAUUGAUCAUCUCAAAUCAUAUAUCAGGGACGUCCAGGUGAACAUUUCCCCCUUGAGCACUUAAAGUCAUCAUGAAACUAUUCUCAUAACACAUCUCUCUUAUUAUGUCUUAGGUCUUAUUUAUUUCUAAAGAAAACAAAUGUUUGUCUUCUUAACCUUUAAUCAAAAUGUAAUUACGUGCUCUGCCUCUUAAAUAACUUUCCUUUACAAAUCUCUAUUAUUUUUAAGCCCCUCCAACCACCUGAUUCUUGUAUGAAACAAUCAAUUUUUACAAUCCAAUCAAUUCCCAGUGGAUAAAAUCAUGCUAUGCAUUAUUUAUUUUAACAUUUGGUUUCAAUGGAAAAAUGGAAGUAAGAUAUGUUGCAAACAGUGUUUCAUGUUGACUUUAACACCAGGAGAAUUGUCCCUUCAAUUAAUGUAAGCAAAUUUCAAAUACAAUUAUAUUUACCAUCUGUUUAUCCCACAGACAGCUGACCAGAAUGUGAAGGCCAGACAUUUUGGGUUUGAUUAUUAAAGGACUAGUUCACUCAAAAUUUGUCAUCAUUUAUAAUAUUCACCCUCAUGUUAUUUUCUUUCUUUCUUCUGUGGAAAUCAAAGAUGUUAAUUACAAUACAGAAGUUGAUUUUUCAGGUUUUCAGGAUAAUUUAUAGCAAAAAUCAACAAAAAAAGCCAUAAAAGUAUUCUGAAAGUCUACUGAAAAUAUUCCUCUCCACCAGAACCACUCAUACAAGUUUGGAACAACAUGAGGUCAAGUAAAUGAUGACAAAAGCGUUAUUUUUGGAUGAAUUAUGCUUUUAAAAAGUCCCUGCUGACGCAGUUGUUUUGCCAUCAUAUAUUUCUAUCAAAUAUAUCAACUUCAACAUGGUGUGCUGAGAUCCAUAUUUUUGUCAUGUUGCCAUUUCAUACCUAAUUAAAUAAAAUUAAUGUAUAAAAUGA